CGAAUCCAAAAAAAAAAAAUAGAAGUCGUUGGAGAUCUGCCAUGUUGUAUCAGCGAGCGGAAGUGACGUCGAUGGACCAGCAGCAGGAAGCCACCAUUAGAGAAAAGAUCUCUGGCUUCGAGUACGAGAACCCUCUCGGGGUGUCGUGGUUCAUGGCAUGGCUGGUGCGGAUCUACGCUCCUAUCCUAGCUCUGUUCACGCCCCUCUCCGCCCUCUUUGCUAUCUGGGUGCUCAAGUCCCGGUUCUUACGUCGCCUGACCUGUGAGCCUAUCCUGAGUCAGCUGUUGGCACUGACCACUAUGUUGGCCCUCGCCGGGCCCGCCUACAUCUGGGUGCUGCAGGAGUGGCCAGUGUAUCUGAGCGCAGAGCACGUAGGACGAAAUCCCCACCUACAGAUGGCCAGUAGCAAAGUGAGCACCGGUCUGUUGGUGUUCCUCCUGCCUGUCUCCAUACUAGGGGUCAUCUGCUCUGACGUCAGCGGCUCCAACACCCCGCUUGCCUACCCGGUGUGUAACCCCUGGUGGCAGAACGAGUACACUUCCG